AGCACACGCAGGGCGCGCGCGCAGCCUGGGGGUGGCCCGGCGGGCGGGCGCGGCGCGCAGGCGUAGAGACCGCGUGGCGGCGGGGGGAGCGGGAGGCGGCGCUUGGCCUGCGGGGCCGCGGCGGGCGACUCGGGGCUGCGAGAGCGGAUUUGCCAUCUUGGGAUCCCAUGGCUUUCUUUAGUGGGCUCUGGGGCCCAGCCAGCCAUGUAAGCAGAGCCCUGAACCAGCGCUAUUUCAGCACCAGUGGGAGCCUUGGUGCCAUUCAGAAGAUGACACGGGUGCGUGUGGUGGACAACAGUGCCUUAGGGAACACCCCAUAUCACCGCCCUCCUCGAUGCAUCCACGUCUAUAACAAGAAUGGAGUGGGCAAGGUGGGCGACCGUAUACUACUGGCCAUCAAAGGCCAGAAGAAAAAGGCCCUCAUUGUGGGGCACUGCAUGCCCGGCCCCCGGAUGACACCCAGGUUUGACUCCAACAAUGUGGUCCUGAUUGAGGACAAUGGGAACCCUACAGGGACUCGGAUUAAGGUCCCCAUCCCCACCAGCCUACGCCGGAAGGAAGGCGAGUUUUCCAAGGUACUGGCCAUUGCUCAGAACUUUGUGUGAAUGGGGCCCAGGCUGCUGUGAAGCUUAGGAAUGGAGCAGUUUCAAGAACUACGUUGCUGAGACAGACAGCUUGGGGCUCUGUGACUGGAAAAUGGUCUGUGGGUAAAUAAAAAUUUCUAUCUUUCU